ACACAGAGCAAGAGAGAGGAGAGAAAGCGAGAGAUGGCCGGAAUUGUCACGUUGAGUGCAGCCUUGCGGUCCAGAGCUGGCCGAAGCGCGGCCGGAAUCCUCGCCAAACAUGAGGCAGCCCCCGCACUGGCCACCGGCAGCGAGAACUUUCUCCGCCGCCGGAGCUUCUGCUCGAGCGCCUCCCGCUCCCCUGCUGGCAGGACCACCAGAAUCCAGGAGAUAAUCGAGAAGGAGGGCGUCGCGCUCCUGCCGGGCUGCUACGACGCGCUGUCGGCCGCCAUUGUCCAGAAAGUCGGCUUUAGCGCCGGCUUCAUCUCCGGAUACUCCGUCUCCGCUGCGCGGCUUGGGAAGCCUGAUAUCGGCCUCAUGACGCCGCCGGAGAUGGCGGAAGCUGCCCGGACGAUCUGCUCCACUGUCCGUGAUAUCCCGUUCAUUGCAGACGCCGACACCGGCGGCGGUAAUUCCCUCAAUGUACAAAGGACGGUCACAGAUCUGAUUGCAGCAGGUGCAGCGGGAUGCUUCCUUGAGGAUCAAGCAUGGCCCAAGAAGUGCGGCCAUAUGCGCGGCAAGCAGGUUAUACCUUCAGAGGAGCAUGCUGCAAAGAUUGCUGCAGCAAGAGAUGCCAUAGGGGAUUCUGAUUUCUUCCUUAUCGCACGGACUGAUGCCAGGGCAAUAUCAGAGAAAUAUGGGCUAGCAGAGGCCAUAUCAAGGGCCAACCUGUACAUGGAGGCCGGAGCUGAUGCCUGCUUUGUUGAUGCACCAAGAAGCGAUGAUGAACUCAGAGAAAUUGCACGACAGACAAACGGUUACAGGGUUGUUAACAUGAUAGAAGGAGGUGUUACUCCAUUGCAUACCGCAGAUGAACUAAAGGAGAUGGGGUUCCAUCUUAUCUUGCACUCUACCACCACCCUUUAUACAACAACCAGAGCCUUAAUGGACCUGUUGCAAAAGAUGAAGGAGACAGGAUCCAGCAGGGGCCAUCUUGACAAGCUGGCUAGCUUUGCAGAAUUCAAUCAGUUGAUCAACUUAGAGUCUUACUUUGAAAGAGAAGCUCACUAUGCUGAAUACAAAGGCACACUUGAUGGUCGGAAUCAACGGAAGAUCAGCAAUGAAUCCCUGUGAUAACUUGAGGAUUUAAUGUGUGCAGCCUGGUGGUUGAGAUCUUGAUGCAGUCCUGAUCUUGCUUUAGCUGUAUGUGAGCAACACAGAGCAGAUGAUUAUACGAGCAGAGAGCUUGUUCUUUUCCCAUGUUAGUUUCUGUCUGUGAAAUGUUGGGAUUUACAGUAAUAAAAUGAUUUAUGUCAUAGUUCAGGUGGGUGCAUGGGAGUACUUAGUGUCUCUUUGUAGGGUAAUUGGUUUCUAAUUCUUAUAUAAGAGCAGUUGUGACUAUUGCUUAUUGGUUUCUAA